AUGUCAUUGAGAACUUUGGGAUUGAAGUCAACUUUCAGUCGUCUUUUCACUAGGCAUUCGGAGUUGGCGAAGCCCGUUGACACAAUUUUGGACUUCAGAAAUGAACCAGAACGUUCUUUGGACAUGAUCAUGACAAGGUGCGAUAAAGAAAUGGGAGGGUUUUCCACAGUCAAUUUUGAUAUCGAUCCUGUAACCCAUACUGGGCACUUUCAUGGCUAUUUGAGUUUGGAUUUACCUAAAGACAAACCAGAAGUCACUCGAUCUGGCUAUGCUAUGUUCAGGACAAAGGACCAGAAAGAAUCUUGGUUAUCUGGUGAUAGCUACUGGGAUUGGUCCAAUUUAUCGUCGUUAGUCAUGAGGGUGAAAGGAGAUCGUCGGAAAUAUUUAGUUAACAUUCAAGCCAAUACUCCAUUGGUUACAGAUUUAUUUCAACACAGACUUUUCUUGAGCCAUCCAGGGGAGUGGGAGACAGUUGUCAUUCCUUUAAAUGAUUUUGUGAUGACUAACUGGGGGGUGAUUCAAGAUGGAAGUGAACUUAACAAGUCUGAAAUAAAGACUCUCGGAGUUGGCUUGUUGGAUAAGCAGUACGGCCCUUACUCUCUUAACGUUGACUGGAUCAAAGUUAUGACUGGAGCAGAGGUUGAAAAAGAGACUCAAAGAUCCAGAGCUGAAAGACUUUUAAUUCAUACACCUCCACCGGCUACAGAAAAUGGCGGUGUAGAUUCAAACUCUUCCUUCGGUCAUGGCGCUGCUCUCCACUCCAAGAGGCAACCUGAAGACCCCAAUGGUAAAGUAAUUUAA